AAGGCUGGGUGGCAGAGGGAGGAGUUUACUCGGGCCGCUGCCGCCCUGCCGCGCGCAUUGUGCAGCAGGCGGGUCCCCGCGCGCGCGGCAGGGUCCUGGGCUCUCGCUGCUCCCAGGGAUGGUGAGCAAGGGGCCGCUGCUACGCCUGCUGACUACCGUCAACCGGAGGAGGAUGAAGCUGCUAGUGGUCAUCGCCUUUGUCGCCUACGUAGCCUCAGCUGUUUGGGGCAACUUCGUUAACAUGAGGUCUAUACAGGAAAAUGGAGAACAGAAAAUUGAAAAUAAGAUAGAAGAGGCUGUCGCACCAUUAAGAGAGAAAAUCAGAGACUUGGAAAAAAGCUUUACCCAGAAGUACCCACCAGUGAAAUUUUUAUCAGAAAAGGAUCGAAAAAGAAUUUUGAUAACUGGAGGAGCAGGGUUUGUGGGUUCUCAUCUUACUGACAAACUAAUGAUGGAUGGCCAUGAGGUUACAGUUGUGGACAACUUCUUUACGGGCAGGAAAAGAAAUGUGGAACAUUGGAUCGGCCAUGAAAACUUUGAGCUAAUUAACCAUGAUGUUGUAGAGCCCCUCUACAUAGAAGUGGACCAGAUUUACCACCUAGCAUCUCCUGCUUCUCCUCCAAACUACAUGUACAAUCCUAUCAAGACAUUAAAGACCAACACAAUCGGGACACUAAACAUGUUGGGAUUGGCAAAACGUGUUGGAGCGCGUCUUCUUCUGGCCUCUACUUCGGAAGUAUAUGGAGAUCCAGAAGUCCACCCCCAGAGUGAAGAUUACUGGGGCCAUGUGAAUCCAAUAGGACCUAGAGCCUGUUAUGAUGAAGGAAAGCGUGUGGCAGAGACCAUGUGCUAUGCCUACAUGAAGCAGGAAGGGGUUGAAGUUCGAGUUGCUAGAAUAUUCAAUACUUUUGGGCCACGGAUGCAUAUGAAUGAUGGCCGAGUUGUCAGUAACUUCAUUUUACAAGCUCUCCAAGGGGAGCCUCUCACAGUAUACGGUUCUGGGUCUCAGACUCGAGCAUUCCAGUAUGUCAGUGAUCUAGUAAAUGGACUUGUGGCCUUAAUGAAUAGCAAUGUUAGUAGUCCUGUCAACUUGGGGAACCCAGAAGAACACACAAUUCUAGAAUUUGCUCAGUUAAUUAAAAACCUUGUUGGUAGUGGUAGUGAAAUUCAGUUUCUCUCAGAAGCCCAAGAUGACCCACAGAGAAGAAAGCCGGAUAUCCAAAAGGCCAAGCUAAUGCUGGGGUGGGAGCCUGUGGUCCCUUUGGAAGAAGGCUUAAAUAAGGCAAUUCACUACUUCCGUAAAGAACUUGAGUACCAAGCAAAUAAUCAAUACAUCCCCAAACCAAAACCUGCGAGGAUAAAAAAAGGCCGAACACGACAUAACUGAAGGAAGGAUUUGCUUCUCUGGACAGGAGAAUUCCCUCUUUUACAUUUGACAGGAUGUAAUUUUUUUUCCUUUUCCUUUUUUUUUAAAAGAAAGACUUAAACAGGUGUCAUGAAGAACAAACUGGAAUUUCAUUCUGAAGCUUGCUUUAAGGAAAUGGAUGUGCCUAAACCCUUCCCCAACACACACACACACACACACACACACACACACUCAAAAAAAACUGCAAAUCUUGCCUUGCACUUUUUAAAAUCUGUCUUUUUAUGUACAAAUAGAAUAGAAACAUCUUUGAGUAUUUUCAAGUUUUUUAUCUUGCUGUGAGAUCCUUUGUUGUUGACUGUCACUGACAGUUUUAUUUACUGGUUUCUUUGUGAAGCUGAAAAGGAAGAUAAAUGGAAUGGCAAAUGCCAAUUUUAUUUAUAAAAUAUGGGUCCCAUAGUCAUACUAUGCAUAAGAGAAGAACUUAACAGUAUUUUUGGGCAAGUAAAAUGCUGGGAUUGCGUCUGCAGGAGUAUAUGAGAGAAUUCUGUUUGAAACCUUUAUGUUUCUUUGGAUUCAGAAAUUUUUCAAGGUUUUAGUUUUAGUUGCUCACUUGAAUUGGAGAUAUUUUCAUUGAUUAUCAUGGAUAAGGAUAUUUUAAAUCACUACUGUGUUGUGCUGCGUACUCUGGGAAAAAUAAAAAAGUUAUUGUAUUAUUGGUUGACAGUGGUUGAAUAUGCUAUUUUAAUAAAAUAUUAUAACUUAAA